AUGACUCCCUGCACCAAACCCAGGGUCAUCAUGGAUCACGGACAGACGGGUGUAUCUCCCUCUCGAUCAAUCCAAUCAAUCAUGGCUGCAAAUAUCAUCCCCGGUCGGAGAACGUCACCAUGCAGCGUGGCCAGUAUUACCGCGACCGCAUCCCGUCUCUGCCCGUAUCUACCGACAGAUAACCUUGACGGAUACGACUCGGAGGAUUCUCUCCUCCAUCUCUCCGCUCAAUAUACCCGAGAGAAACUACGGAGUAUAGUACGAAGAGAAACAAGACAAGAUCCCCGUCAGGCACUCGCGGUAUUAUUCAAUGCCUUUAGUAACGACCCAGUCGCACGUGGCAAUCCACGCCUCCCAUUUGCCCACCGCUCCAACACUAGUGCCAACGAUCGAAUCCUCCAAUCCAAUGGGACCUCGGAUGUCGUCUUGCGGACGUUUCUCCAUGCUCCUGGGCUCGCCUUCAGGAGCAGUGGAGGACGAUCGGCGCGCGAACUUGGUCGCCUCCACGAGGAUCCCAGUUUCACCGGUUGGACGAUAUGA